ACGACAUGUCGAGUUCCAUGUUGACGAGUCCGAGUCCGGGUUCUGAGUGCGACGAACCGAGGGACCAACGGUUGACCAAUGGCGACGCUGUUGCUAGUGAAGAAGAAAUUGUUGCUGAAGCAAGAUAUUUGAAGGAACAUAGAGGACGUUUGGAAGCGCGAAUGAAAUUCCUGGAAGACCAAAACUCUUUACUUGAAAUGCAAAUGCACAGACUGAAGGGCGUGUUGGACCAGCCGUUAUUAUACCCGGGCUCGAAUUACCCGAAUAUGAGCAAAUCGGGAACGCUGCAAUCACGGCAUGUGACAGCAUCGCAAUUAGCAACGGAUUCCCCGCAUGGAAUGAAUGGCACAUCUGCUGGUGAUACGCGAAGAAUUGGUUUGAUGGAAGACGAUUUCCGUGCUGGAGAAGUGAUGGACAUCCUGAGCCGCAGGCCAGACCCGCCCCCGCAUUCCUCGGAGCUCGCGAAUAAUGGCUCCAAAUCCAAAGAAGGAGGAGGAAGUGUUGAAGACCUGUUUUCUAAGUGUGGAGACGUCGGGAAGGCAGUGGAAAGUCUAGUGUCGGCCUUGAGGACCGAUGACUUGGAUUCGUGAACCCCGCUUCUUUAUUUCCCCCCCUCCCUC